AUGCUUUCAAGCAUUUAUUGUCCCCAUCUGAGCGCUCGAUCGUUUUCAUUGGCUCUGGAAAUCCUCUCCCCCUCCAAGAAAUCGGAAUCUGGUUGGACACUGGCCCUUGAUCAUAUCAAUGAGAAUCUUGCACGCCAACAGGUUCUUCUCAAUCAAUCGAAGGAGGCUCUCGAGUCCCUGUGGCAUCUGCUCUCACCGGGUAGUAGCCAGCUCGAACCGGUUCAGGCCCGUUUCUUGCAAGAAUUUCUGACAAUCUUUAAUCAGGUUAAAUCUUCUGGCGAUUCGAGUUCCGAGUGGCCGGAAUUAAGCCUGCCAGUUUUCGACAAGCAGCGCAUCAAAGUUAUGCUGGGAGCCCCAGUUCGGAAAAUUGAUGAAGAUAGCCCUAUUGAAGCGCGAGGAACGGCAUUUUCUGAUGAUGAGCAUGAUGAUGCGGAAGAUUUUCGUAUCUACACGACCCAACGGACAAUUCUUCCGAGUAAUUUUGUCUCCCAACUUCUUCCUACCAUGGUCUCACCAACUGACAUUCCUGCUUGGAUGGUGGCUAAAGACUCCCCAACACUAGAAAGAUUUCUUGACUAUUGGUGGAAGAAAUCUAAGUCUAUUCUCACCAUUUGGGGCAUUAAAAAGAAUUGUAACAUCUUCUCUAUGUUCUUUGCUGCCCAAUAUUCGGAAGAAGUCUAUGUUCGAUGUCGAUAUCGAGUGCCAUUGAAUCGAGAAUCUGAAGAAAUACAGCCUUAUUUUCAAAGACAGUUACGCAGUCCCUGGAGGAGUGCCAGUUCGGAUCGAGUGAAACGCCCAGGUGAGGACUUUGUUCGGUAUCUCUACUCCCGUCCAUCCUACCCCCUUCCGCGUCAGGCCAUUUUCCGUCGACUCAGGAGCCUAAUCUCCCUUCAAUCUGGCCACGAGUUGCCUGGAGGAAUGACUGAUUAUUGCUUGUUAACAUGGACAGGGACCGCAUCAACUCGACAGAAAUACCGAAAGCAACACCAAUGGCAUUGCGUCCCAAUUGGAGAACAAGUGACGGCUCAGAUUCCCCUGCACAAUACCUGGAAGGUGCCUCUGGUCUUAACAGACCUUCAUCUACUCUGGAAAGCAAAGUUCAAGCACGAUGGUUCAUCAGAAGGCGAAAUCGAAAUCACAAAUGAAAAUGUGAGCGGAGAGAAGCUACGAGAAGCUAAGACCUUUGUACAAACUUCUGUGAUCAAUGAAUUUUAUAUGCUACCUGGAGAUAAGAAAGUUGUCGAAUUGUCCCUUCAACCACGUAGAUAUGUGAAUGACCUUCAACUCACUGGAGUUGCAUUCAAACUUGAUAUCACAUCACCACGUCAAACAACUCUGUCGGAUCUCCCAUCGCCUAUUGCUCCAAACCUUCCAAACAUAACGGCCUCCCUAGAACUCCUCACAUUGACUCCUCAAUUAGAUGUUUCGGUGACGGCAUCAGACAGCAUUAGAGACCCCUUAACUUCGCUCAACAUCAAUGGUGAAAAUCUCCCUGGUUCUGGAGUUGAAUCUUCUUCAAGCGUCCAGGGAAAGGUUCAUUUUCUAAAGUCCGAGUCAACAGAUAAUAGAUUCCAUUGGUCUGUCGUUCAACCAAGAGGUCUUUUGAAGGUAUAUUUUGGCGGAUUUCCACAGAGCCUUUUCGAAGGUGAGGUCUACUCAAACACGCUGACGUUCACCAAUGCUGGGAGUUCAUCGUUGAGUAAUCUUCAGGUGGCUACGUCUUGGCCAAGUUUUUUUAUCCUCUCGAACACCAUCCCUUCAAUUGUGACCUCCCUAAAGUCAAAUGGACCGCUGGAAGCGAGAGAAUCGAGACUGGAACGGUUUUGGAUGAGAGGACCAACUGCUCUUACCCGGAAGAUUGGCCGAUUCGAAAGUGGAAAUGAUCCCUUGAUUACACAUACUUUGCCUGCUCCUACAAGACAACUUCAUAUGGUAUUUGGGUACAGCGCACUAAGUGAACCAACUAGUCUUCGGUUCCUGCAACACGAAGCUUCUGUCCAUCUCUUACCCUCACUGCAAUUCACUGCAACUUGUGCUCGAACCCAGGGCUCAGAUAUAGGAUCGUUAAUUAUAACUAUGCGGUGUAAAAACGUUUCACUGCAGCAUUCCUUCAGUGUGUUCCAACUAGCCUGCCUGGAUGAAAGCUGGAAUCUGAAGCUGAUAUCACCGAAGGACUUAGCUUCUUCACAGGAUGGUCUAUUGGUAAAACCUACGCAAGAAAUGACGCUGUGUAUCCUUGCGAAUCGUCUAAAAGUACCACCCGAGGCUUCCAAUUCUAACAACAUCGUUCUGGACGCAGCUUUUGCAAAAAUUAAUCCCAUGUCUCCUCCUUAUUCGCAGUUUUUCGAAAUGUCUGUACAUGCUGCUCAAAUUGCUGCCAUUAAGGUAAGCCAUUGGAUGGAAUCAAACAGUCUUAAAAGCAUCAUAAAAAGUGUUUUUGCUUGA